AUGUCGACAUCAUCGAAAGCUGCUGAUAUUCUUCUUGAAGCUGGCAGUUCUUUUAAGCGCAUUGCUGACUUGACUAUGGAGUUAGUCGAUCCAAAUGCAUCCAAUCGUUUAUCAAGUUCAACGUCGUCAGCAUCGCAAAAAACUCCUAUUGAUUCAACUGAAUUGAAACGUCUUCGUGAUGCAAUCACUCGAUUCUCAUCUGAUCUUGAUACUAUUUCUCAACGUAUUCAUACAAAUCGUGAAGCUGCUACAGCACCGCAAGAAGUUGAAAGAUUAAUGAGUUUAAAUUUAACUGAAAAUAACAAUGAACAACAAAUACAAAACGAAGACACCUCUGUCUCUAAUGAUAAUCAAGCAGCUGUACCUAUGACUGCUUAA